GCUAGUGUGCCUGAACAGUCCUCGGAAGAUAGCGGUCUCAAUAUCAAUCUUUUAUCUUCUCAUGUUUAUCUCAUCGCCGGUGUCCCUUUUCAUGGGCGUAUCCGUCGCACCAAAGCUGUCAUGUUAACGCAAGCUAGCGUGCCUGAACAAUCCUUGGGCGAUAGCGGUCUCAACAUUGAUCUUCUUUCUUCUCAUGGUGAUGGUGUUCCAUCUACAGCUGUCUGCCACGAAGAUGGAGUAUACUUGCUCGAGGACGUCAACAUCAAAGACUUCAUUACUUUUUUGGAAACCAUUUAUCCACCUUUCAAGGACAUCACAGGUGAAAACGUGGAAAGCGUUUUACCGACGGCUUUUCUCUUCAAUGUCGAGCAUAUUGUGAAGAAAUGUGAAGUUUAUCUGGGGAAUGAAGGUGCUAAAAAAUCGUUUGAUCUUCUUCAAAGACUUGUGCUUGCCACAACCUACAAAUUGAGUUCUCUUCAGAAAGACUCUUUGGCAUCGCUCCAAAAUGCACAUGAUGUUCUCUCAUUGUUGGAUGAUCCACGUUUGCAAAGCGCUUCCCCAGACUUGCGUUCUCUAUUGCUGGAAACGUUGCUUGAACGUUUCAGGUCCGAAGCAAAGACAGCAGCUACCUCGGAAGCUGAUACGGCAUCCACAAAGUCGGACUUCUGA